GGGAGAAUCGAAACCGAAGGUUGUUUGUAAUUACAGCACUUCGCGGGACUAUCGCCGUCUCGGCAGGACAGGGUCUCCUGGUGCCCGGCAGGGCUUUCAUCCCCUGUCCCGACGGGUGUCUGUUCCCUGAGCCGGUUUGUACCGCUACCGGACGAUGCAGAGUGCCGGAGAAGGACCAGAUUGUAAACAUAAGAGAUUCUGCAGAUGCUGGUAAUCCUGAGUGAUACACACAAAAUGCUGGAGGAACUCAGCAGGUCUAUGGAGAGGACUUCUGGCUGGGUCCCUUCAUCAGGACUGGAAAGGAAGGAGAUAGAAGGCAGAAUAAAAAGGUGAAGAACCAAAGGUGAACAAAUCCUGCUGUUUACCCAGUGACUUAACUGAAUGGACCAAAGAGCAUGUGAAAUCCUGGGUGACUGGUGAACUGAAACUGGGUCAGCAAUGUGGUGAGAUAUUGUACAAUGAAGAUGUCAGUGGAGUGGUAUUGGAAGGACUUACUAAAGCAGACAUAACUGGAAUGGGCAUAAAGGCUGGACCAGCAGCUCUGAUAAUAAAUAAACGUGAUGAAUACAUCAAACUUUCAAAGAGUUCCACAAAGCAAACAACUGACGAAAGCUCCCUUUGCAAAGGGUCAAAUGCUUCGGAUUCUGAAGCGCCUGAGUUACUCAACGCAGAAGGUCAGGGGAGUAAAUCAGCUUCCUCGGAUCUCAACAAGAACCCCUCGGCACAGAAACACAGUAAGAAGAGAAGGACGGGAGAUCGAGUCACACAACCCAACUCAAGCCCCACAAAUUCAGAGGAAAGUGGGACAAACGGACAGGAAUAUCAACAAGAGAGGAUUGUUCCUGUUGCAAAGGCACAGUCUGCCUCAGAAUCUGAGGCAAGGAAAAACAAACAGCAGUUUGAAGAAAAUGCCCCAAAACCAAGAUGUGAGCCAUAUCCAUUUGACCAGCGUCACAUAGGUUCAAGGUAUAUACAGAACUAUGUCCUUCCUCCCGAAACAGGACCCUCCAAUCUCCUCGACCCAGUGCAUGAGUUCAAACUUUUUAAUGUGCCUGGGAAUGAAACGAGGGCAGACGUAAUGGAAGAUAUGAUGAAGAAGUUCAGUAAUGAAGUUUUCAGAUUCUCAGCAGCAUGUCUUAACAGCAGAACAAAUGGGACCAUCCAUUUUGGGGUAGGAGACACAAAAAGUGGAUACAAACAUGGUGAGAUUAUAGGUGUGUCUGUGGAGAACACUGACAAGUACGUUGAUUGUUUGUAUAACAGCUUUUCUACUUACUUUGAUGAGAGAGAUGUUGCACAUGCAAAAUCCUGCAUUCGACCGCCCCGAUUCGUGGAGGUUUUGAACUCAGAUCAAACACUGUCACAAAGAUUCGUUAUUGAAGUUGACAUUGUGCCAAGCUCCGACAUUUGUGACUCUAAAUUGUACUAUAUCCACCUGCUGAAUAAAACCGGCAAGAAGUGGAUGAAGGUCAAGGAGAAGCAGUUGUUCAUACGUGAUGGAACCAGUUCCAGAGAUAUUCUGGGAAAUAAAAACAUCUCAGAGAGAGAUGCAGAGCACAAAAAAUUUCUCACCGAGACUUUAGAGGGCUUGGUCAAGAUACGACGAAAGGCUGAAGCUAAACCACAAAGGGUGACAAAGACACAAGAAGGAUACAAUCUGAUCCGGAUGAUUACAGGUGGCUCAGACAUGAUCGACACUUCCUAUUAUCAGUGGUAUAUUUUGGUGACGAAUAAAGCACAGCAGAAUCAAAUUCAACAUUUAGAGUUCCUGAACGAAUUGAACUGGUUUUGUGUGCUAGAAUAUGACCCUGAGUCUGUAAGCAGUGGGCUAUGUCAUUCUUAUCGUAAAGAGAGAACAGCAAACCUUCACUUCCCGGGACAGUUCCAGGAUAUUGAUACAUCAAUUAUUGAAAACAUUGAGAAACUAAAAUUGUACAAACAACCAAGCUGGAUAUUCUGCAAUGGAAGAUCAGAUCUUGAAGGCCAAGAAUACAAGCCACUACAACCCAAUCAGUGGUAUAAAGAACGAGCUGCUGACGUCAGGAGGCUGGUUUCAUUCCUGUGCCGACCAGACAUCAUGCCUAAAGGGAAAUUUCUGGUAGUGUUUUUGCUGCUGGCUAAAGUAGAUGAUCAAAGAGAUCCCUUUCUUGAAACCUUCUGUUCAUUUUACCAGGAACUGCGAGGGGUCAAAGACAUGAUGUGCAUCUGUGGAAAUGAGCAGACUUACUUGCGUUGGAAAGAUCUUAUGCAAUUCAGGUGUGAUUCAGAGGAAGUUAUCCGGAGAUGUGUUUCUGCCUUAAGCCUGGAAGAAGUCAAUGACACCGUUCUGAAGAUAAAAUCGGUCACUCGGUCCACAAGGCGAUUCUUGCCCUCAGCAUCUGCCUCAUCUGUUGUUCUUAAGAAGAAAGAUGAGGAACUUAUGACAGCACUUGAAAUCUUGGGUGAAAAUGAAUGUGAGGAUACUGACAUAGAAAAGGAUCAAAAUAAGUUUAAGGAAUUUCAAAAAUCCAAGGAAGAACAGUUUUACAGAGGUGGUAAAGCAUCGUGGUGGAAUUUUUAUUUUUCCACAAAAGUUCCCUUUAUCAAACGGCAAGGCUACGACUGUCUUGUUGAGUUAAUUAAUGUAAAAUCAACUUCUGCAACGUGUGUGAUUAUCAGUUUAUUUCAUCAUCCAGGCUGUGGUGGCACAACUUUGGCCAUGCAUGUUUUAUGGGAUUUAAGGAAAAAGUUUAGAUGUGCUGUGUUGAAGAACAAUAAAGAAGAUCCCUUAGAAGUUGGAAGACAAAUUGUUGAGUUGGUGACCUAUGGGACUUCCUGUCAUCCUGUCUUACUUUUGGUAGAUGACCUUGAAGAAUUUGAAAAUGUUCAUGUGUUACAGCACUCAAUUCAAAAUGCAGUUGCUGAGAAAGGACUCCAAUUUGAUACACCAUUGGUAAUCCUUUUGAACUGCAUGAGGUCACAGGAUCCAGUUGGGAGGUCAAAGAUGAUGGUGUUGGAAAGUAUUGCGUUGAAGCAUCAACUGACUGAUGCUGAGCAGCUUUUAUUUGAGUCAAAACUUAAGGAAAUUGAAGAGCAACACACAAAACCUGAAGAUUUCUACUCAUUCAUGAUCAUGAAGCAUAAUUUUGAUAAAAAGUACAUUGAAAAUGUGGUCCAUAAUUUAUUAAAGGAUUUGGAUAUUGCAAGCAGGCAAAUACAGCUGAUCUCAUUCCUAGCUUUACUGAACUGCUUUGUUAAAGAUUCCUCCAUAUCAGUUUCAAAAUGUGAAGAAUUCUUGGGAUUAGGACAAGUGAAAACCACAUUUUGGGGUCCUAAGAAGUUUGAAGACUUGAUAGGCCCUUGCAAUGUCCUACUUAUCCGCAUGGAAGUGGAAGAGUGUGGGAGGUACCAGGGAAUUCGGAUCAUCCAUCCACUGAUUGCAAGUGGCUGCUUAGAAGAACUUAAGCAAUCUUACAGUCUUCCCAAGAGUGACAUUGUCUUGACAUUUCUCACUAAUAACAUUUUCCUCCAACGCGGUAUUGGAAGAGAAAAACUCCUACAAGACACGUACAGUAUGUUAAUUACCAGACAGCGGAAAGAACAUGGAGAUGAGGCCAAUACUCUGUUCUCUCCUUUAAUUGAAGCAGUACAGAAUGAGGAAGGAAGUGAUAAAGUCAUAAACAUUUUGACUGAGGCAUCAAACAAGUUUGACCAAAAUCCUUUCAUUUCACAGGCCUUGGCAAGACACUUCUAUCUGGUUAGAAAAGAUUUUGAUUCAGCACUCAAAUGGGCUUUAAAGGCUAAAGAUCAGGCAAAAGACAAUUCCUACAUAAGAGAUACACUAGGCCAAGUUUUCAAAAGCAAAUUAAAAUACAAGUUGGAAUCAGUUGAAAUUGACAAAACAACGGUGGUGACUCCUACCCAACUGAAGGAGUUCUUGGAUCUUGCGCAGUCUGCUUCAGAGGCUUUCAAACAAUCACAGCAACUGACAGAACAGAAAGAAGAUAGAGCUGGCUGGCAUGAAUGGGAGACCAGAUCAAAACCUGACAUUUACAAUACCUCUGGAUAUCUGGGAGAGAUUGAAGUUGCGCUGUAUGUUAUAGAUAUUGUCAGAAUGGUCCCUUUCUUCAGUGGGAAGAAAGAAAGAAAUGCAGGGGAUUUACCAUCUUUCCUGUCAGGUAACAUGAAUCUUCAGCAUAUUGAAAAAAAUAAUAAUAUCGAUGCAGAAUUGUGUUCAAUACUUGAUGAAUACAAUCGAUAUCUUAUUAAUAUCAAAACAAACAUGAAGACAGCUUUUGACUUCUUUGAAGACUACUUUGUCCAUUUCAAAACAAAGAACAUUGAGAGAGAAGCUGCUGAAGUUAGGGUUCGGAAAAAAGUUUCAGAUUGUUUUAAAAAAUACUGCAAAGUAUUUUGUCAGUCACAGAUAGAAACCAUCUCAGCAAAGAGAAGGAAUCCAAAACUCAGCCUGUCAUUACAGUUGGAGGAACACAAGAAGUUCUUGGAGCCUCAAAAAGCAGACCGGUUUGCCGGUUUGCUUGAGUUCCUGACAAAUAAUUCUGAAACUGGGGAUAAAAUGGAAGAAAUUGUCAAUAGUCACAGAUUUAUCCUCAAGAAUGAAACAGCAAGAUUACCUCAGCAGAAACAGAAUUUUAUCUUGGCCAACAUUGUGCUUAACUGUGUUAAACCAAAUUCAAAGAACAUCGAAUCUUACACUAAACUUCAAGAUCUUUUGAAGGAAGUGCUGCGUGAUGUGGAGUUUAACUGUGGUUACGUUGAACCGUAUUUCUUGGGUUCCCUGUUAUUCUGGCCAACAAAAAGAAAUGAAACUGAAGAAGAUUUCAGACUUCUUCUGAAAUGCAUAACAGCAAUCCGACAGUCAUUCAGAGGGCGCUACAGACGAAUGAGUCAUUCCAAACAUCCUGUUGCACACUUCUAUCUCUGCAAAGAACAAGGUUUGAGGAGAUUCACACACAAAGCAAAAAUAGAUCAAAUUUUCAGAAAGGUGCCAAACCUCAAUUCCUUAUGGCAAUCUGGAGAAAUCUGGAAGACACUUGAUGUCAGAAAUCUUCUUGUCCGCAUGAAGGGCAGAACAGGGGAGGAUAACAAGCUGUACGCAGAGUUUGGCAAUGUUAAAAUUCCUGUGAGACCAGUAUAUUUGGGCAAGCUGAGAAGUGGUCUAAGCAUCGAGAAUGUAUCCUUCUAUUUGGGGUUCUCUAUGGAUGGACCAAUUGCAUAUGACAUUGAGACUACUGUUUAAGAGUUACAGAUAUAGGCUGUGAGAUAACACUGAUACACAGCCUUGUACAUAACUUUCCUUCAGACUUCAAAAUAGAACACAGACCUUAGAAAUUUACGGAGCAAUACUGGCCCGUCAGACUAUGAUAUUGUGCCAACCUUUUAAGACCAUAAGAUAUAGAAGCAGAAUUAGGCCAUUCAGCCCAUCGAGUCUGUACGGCCAUUCCAUCAUGACUAAUCCCAGAUCCCACUCAACCCCAUACACCUGCCUUCUCACCAUAUCCUGUGAUGCCCUGACCAAUUGGGAAACUAUCGACUUCUGCCUUAAAUAUACCCACAGACUUGGCCUCCACCGCAGUCUGUGGCAGAGAAUUUCACAGAAUAACUACUCUCUGGUUUAAAAAAAAUUCCACCUUAUCUCUGUUCUAAACGGUCGCCCCACAAUUUUGAGGCUGUGCCGUCAAGUUGUGGAUACCCCUACUAGAGGAAACAGCCUCUCCACAUCCACCUUAUCUUGUCCUUUCAACAUUCAGCAGCUUCCAAUGAGAUCCCCCCACAUCUUUCUAAAUUCCAGUGAGUACCGGCCCAAAGCUGCCAAACACUCCACAUGUGUUAACCCCUUCAUUCCUGGGAUCAUCCCUAUGAGCCUCCCCUGGACACUCUCCAAUGAUAACACAUCCUUUCUGAGAUAUGGAGCCCAAAACUGUUGACAAUACUCCAAGUGCAGCCUGACUAGUGUCUUAUAAGGGCUCAGCAUUAUCUCCUUUCUGAGCCUGCUCUAAAAUCAAUCUAACCUUUCCCUCCUGUCUACCUAAAAGUUUUUUAUAUGCCCCUAAUGUAUCUGCCUCUAUCACCACCACAUUCCACACCUACCACUCUCUGUGUAAAGAAACUUACUUUUGAUACACCUCCUCCCCCCCAAAUACUUUCCUCCAAACACUUAAAAUAAUGCCCUUUGUACUUACCAUUUCCACCCCAGUAAGAACUCUCUAGCUGCUCACACAAUCUACGCCUUUUAUCGUCUUAUACACCUCUGUCGAGUCACCUCUCAUCCUCCUUCUCUCCAAAGAGAAAAGCCCUAACUCACUCAACCUAUCCUAAUCAGACUUGCUCUCUAAUCCAGGCAGCAUCUCCUCUGAACCCUCUUUAAAGCUUCCACGUCCUUUCCAUAAUGAGGUGAUCAGAAAUGAACACAAUACUCCAGGUCUGCUCUAGCCAGGGUCCUAUAGAGCUAUUUUGUAAUUUAUUUUGCUGCUCUUAGGGUCAUAAGACCAUCUUAUGAAGGGCUGAGCUACCACAGCCAUCCAUGGCAAUGAAUUCCACAAAAUUAUCACCAUCUGCCUAAAGAAAAUCUUCCUCAUCUCUCUUCUAAAGAGAUGUCCUUCUAUUCAGAGGCUGUGCCCUCUGGUCCUAGACUCAUCCACUAUAGGAAAUGCCCUCUUCACAUACACUCUAUCUAGGCCUUUCAAUAUUUGAUAGUUUUCAAUGAGAUCCUCCCUCAUUCUUCUGAACUCCGGGGAAUACAAGCCCAGAGUCAUCAAUCACUCCUCAGACGUUAACACUCUCAGUCAUUGGGUCAGUGUCAUAAACCUUCUCUGAACCCUCUCCAAUACCAACACACCCUUUCUUAGAUAAGGGGCCCAAAACUGCUCACAGUACUCCAAGUACAAUGAUGAUCACUCUUUCUAUCUCCUUCAGAUCACUUCAGGUUUUCAAGAGAAAAAGCAUUUGGCAAAUUUCUGCACAUCUCUUUACCACUUCAUCUAAUGCAAAGCCCAAAAUUUUAGCCUGUAUUUUCAGCAUCUGUAUUUUAUUUCCUGGAUUCUAUUUUGUUAAUUCAGCUUUUUGUUAAAUACCAGCAGAAUAAUCCUCUAUUUCAAUUAGAUUUUCUGAUCAGCAUUACCUUUUUUUUAUUGAAAGUAGUAGAAGGCAUACCUCAAGUUCCAAAGCACAAAGCAUCAAGGCUAGCUACAUUUACACAGCACUCAGAAUCCAGCAGUUAAAGGCAGCCUCUAAUAUCGAAUUAGGAAAUACUAAUAACCUGUCUUGGUUCUUUGGGGGGGAAGGAGAGGCAGUGUGGGGAUAAAUUCCCACUAUCUAUUCCUAAUGGCAUGCACCUCAAAUAGCCUCUGACAACCAAGUCCAGCUCCUAACCCUUCACAUAUGGCUUUGAUUUGGUAAGAUGGGGCUCAUCAGCUAUGGUUGGCAGCUCAUCGAGGAGAAGGAAAACUCUGAUCUCAAACCUGCACUGCCUUGUGGCUGUAUCCACUCAUGGGGAAGGCUUCAGGAUUAAAUCCAGAGGAAAAUUCCAGAGCUGGAGUCUCUAAGACAGUCCUGCAUUGAGUUCAAUGUUGACAGACAACUGCUACGAUGCCACUGGUGCCAAAUACUGUCGAUCUCUGGUGUUCCUUUGGAUUCAUCAGCUGUGUGGAGAUGGGGAGUCUGUUACAUGGACAGCAGCUUGCUCUCCAUAUCAUAUUGCCCUGGCUUACAUAUCAUGUUGACAGGGGUCCCCAACCUUUUUUGCACCGCAGACCGGUUUAAUAUUGACGAUAUUCUUGCGGACCAGCCAAUGGGGGGGGCGCGCGGGGGGGGGGGUACUGUUCUAGUUCAACAGUGCGUGACAGGGAAUGAGGAAAGGUGCAGCUGACUCAUAUCAUUUCAUAUCGCCAAAUCAUAUCGUUUCCUCGCGGCCCGGCAGCACAUGCUUUGUGGCCUGGUGGUUGGGGACCACUGAUAUAGACAGCUGGGAUGCAGUAUCUAUGGUUGACCCUGACCAAUGGAGGCCGCAGUAAUAUUAACCUGACUUAAAGCCUGGAUUGGGCACAAUUACUUUGACUAAUUGCGGUGGUAGGAAGAGCUUAUGGGGUCAGAAUCAGGAUCAGGUUUAUUAUCACUGAGGAAUGUCAUGAAACUUGCACAGUGAAAUGCAUAAACAUUACUAUAUAUUGCAAUAAGAAAUGCAAAAAGAAGGGAAAAUAAUGAAAAAAUGUUCAUGGGUUCAAGGACCAUUGAGAAAUCUGAUGGCAGAGGAGAAGCGGUUCCUGAAUGAUUGAGUGUGGGUCCUCAGGUUCCUGUACCUCCUCCCUGAUGGUAGUAAUGAGAAGAGUUGGACUCACCAUCCUCCCUAUCCCUACUGUCAUGGGCAGAUUCCUCCCAAUGCCCUGUCUUCCAAAAUAAGCAAUCGUCCUGUUUAGUGCUGGUUAUCUUCAGUGCUCCUGGUACUAAAAUUCUGCAAACUGCAUAUUUGGUGAAUGCUGGGACCAAGCAAGAUAUAUCUAGAAAACUUUGUGCACAGUCCAUUACUUUUGUAGAGACUAUAUUAUCUGCCUCUAUGCCUGAUGAUUCAAAUGUACUUUUGAUAACUUCUUUUAUAAACAAAGCUUAAGCAACUUACUGGACUCUGCAAUUUGUCUUUUUAAUAAAUGCAUU